UAAAGUGGUUGGCUUAAUUCUAUUUUAGUGCAAAAAAAAAAAAAUAAAUAUACGAAAAGAAUUAAAAGCCCGACGCGAAAUCAAAAACUUGAGAAAUUUUUAAGAAAAUUUAGUGAAAUUUUAAGAAAACGAAAAAUAUUUUUUUAUAAAUUAAUAUUUUAAAUUUAAUUUUACGAGUGAAAAUUGCCAAAAAUAUUAUUUGCCAUUUUAUUUUAGUAAUAAAGUGUUUGUGUCUUUGCUUACAGAAAGGAUAAUAAAAUUAAAUAAAUAAGGAUUAAAGGAGCUAAUUAAAUAAUAAUUGAAUAAGAAUUUAAAUAUUUUUAAUAUUAAUUAAAAAAAGUGGAUAUUUGAGUUACUUAAAUAAUAAAAAAAAAACAACAAAUUGAAGAUGGAUAAAUUUUUAACAGUAUUAAUGUCAUUUCUACUCUAUAUUGGAUUGACAUCAGCUGCUGUUACAACAGUUAAAAGAGAUGAUACACAACAGUUGCCAUUAACGAGAUCUUCAACUUCAACUGAUUUAGAAACAGCAGAAUCUGGAAAAUUACUAGAUUUUGGUGGUUUAUUAAAUCGAAAUCCAUAUGGUAGUUAUCAAGGUUAUUCUGGUUAUAAUCCUUACGGUGGUGUAGGCUACAAUAAUUAUAAUAGUGGACGUUUUGGUUAUGGUGGUUAUAGCAGUGGUACAUAUCCAAAUACUGGUGGAUAUUCAACAGGUUUUGUACCAUCAACUUACUAUGGUAGCACUGGUUAUUAUGGUGGUCAACAAAAUCCUGGAUAUUAUGGUAGUGGUGUUGGAUAUCAAGGUGGUUAUAAUGGUGGAUAUGGUGGAGUAGGUGGCUAUGGUAGCAGUGGAUAUGGUGGUAGUUAUGGUACUGGAUAUGGUAAUGCAGGAUAUCCAGGUUAUGGAGGAUAUGGUACAACAAAUAUAUUAGGUGGACAAUAUAGUGGUUAUGGCAAUUCAGGAUAUGGUGGAUAUGGAGGUAAUGGUGGUUUAAAAUCAUAUUUAGGUUAUGAUUCUGGUAAUUAUUUAGGUCAUCGUAAUUUAGGAUAUGGUUAUUAUUCGGAUAGUGAUCGUUAUGGUUUUAGAAAUUCAUAUAUACCAACAUCACCAUCAUUACAUGUUUCAGGUUAUAGGGGAUAUGAUUAAGAAUAUUUUCGAUAUAAGUUUUGUAUGUGUAUAUGUAAUUUUUUUUUUUGUACAUAAAUGAAAAGUUGUAAGAGAAAAAAAUAAUUAUAAUUUGUAACUAAUUAAUUAAUUAAUUAAAUUCAUAUUUGAAUAAAAAUAAAAAUAAAGAAUAAUAACAAAAAUAUUUUUUGAAAUAACAAUAAUUUUUUUGUAAAUAUAAAAAAAAUGUUUUGUGCUGUUUAUUUUUGUUUAUUCUAGGAAAUUUUAAUUUUACAAAUUUUAUUAAUUAUAAUUUACAUUAAUAAUUAUGUAUGUGU